AUGUCCACGGUGCCCAAGGUGAAACUGUCCGGAGGUCUGGAGAUCUGCCGGGUCCUGAACGGGAUGUGGCAGGUGUCCGGGGCGCACGGUCCGGUGGAUAAAGCCGCAGCAGUCGAUGCAAUGCAGACCUAUGUAGAUGCCGGUCUGACCACAUUUGACAUGGCAGACAUUUAUGGGCCUGCUGAGGAAAUAUUUGGACAGUUCAACAGCCAGCUGAAAUCCAAGUCAUCUCAGAGAGCCAUGCCAGCUUUGCAGGGUCUGACUAAAUAUGUGCCAAGACCAGGACCAAUGGACCGCAAGGUAGUGGAGAAGGCACUGCAGUACUCCAUGGCCCGUAUGCAGGUGGACAGUCUGGACUGUGUUCAGUUCCACUGGUGGGACUACAGAGACAAGAGAUACCUGGACGCACUGGGACACCUGUCUGACCUGCAGCAGGAGGGUCUCAUACGGGAACUCUCCCUCACUAACUUUGAUACGCAGAGACUGGAGGAGAUCACCAACAAAGGCAUCCGCAUCUCCAGCAACCAGGUUCAGUACUCUCUGAUUGAUCAGCGUCCGGUAGCAAAGAUGGAGCAGUUCUGUCUGGAUAACAACAUUCAGCUGCUCACUUACGGCACUCUGGCUGGAGGUCUGCUCACAGAGCGUUAUCUGGGGAAGGCUGAGCCUAACACCAGGGCGGAGCUUUACACCGCCUCCCUCUCUAAGUACAAGAACAUUAUCGACACUUGGGGUGGCUGGAGACUUUUCCAGUACCUCCUUGUCACCUUGGACACAAUUGCCAAGAGACACGAUUGCUCGGUGGCCAGUGUGGCAACGCGUUUCGUGCUGGACCGCCCUGCAGUGGGCGGGGUCAUCGUGGGCUGUCGGCUAGGUGUCGCAGGGGCGGGUCAGCACAUCAGCGACAGUCUACGUAGCUGCAGCCCUGACCUGAAGCUCACAGCGGAAGAUCUCGCCGCCAUCGAAGCAGUGACACACCGCUCUAGGGAACUCAUAGCAGUCAUUGGGGACUGCGGGGAUGAGUACAGGAGAUAA